UCCUUCCCUUCCUUUCAGCUGCACAGGGGAACAAUAUCUGCUCUGUCGGAAUAGCAAGAACAUUUGAAUCUAUCCGUUAUUUUAUCCAUCCAAACAAAUAUUUUUUUUCUCACAAAAGCAAGGAUAUUUUUUUGUUGUUGAUUGUUUUCACCUCUCUUAUAUUCAUUGCAUAAAGUUGUAGAUUAUUGAAACGUUAGUAACGUUUUGAAUGCCAAUAUUAUAUUAUUAAACAUACCUGGAAUUACAUGAAUGCGUUGCCGAAUCGUCAUUUGGAUAAAAAUGAGACUUGAAGGGAUUUUGGCUGUAACGAAAUGAAGAAUCUUGAUAUCUUCGGUUUGAAGGAUUGCAAGUGAGGGUCCCUCCUAUUGAAGAUGGCUCCCAGUGUGUGUGGUGUGUCUCUGGCUGUGGUGGUGGUGUUAGUGACCCUGGUGUCUCCUGGUGGUGCCUGCCCUCGGCCCUGCUCCUGCUACCAGCCCACUGAACUACACUGCACCUUCAGGUCCCUGCUCACCAUACCACAGCUUCUACCGCAACAUACACUACACAUCAACCUAGGGUUCAACAGUAUCAGCAGGAUCCCAGACAGCUCAUUAGCUGGUCUGUGGAGGCUGGAGCAGCUGAUGCUUCAUGGGAAUGACAUCCGUGAGAUUCCUGACCGAGCGUUCCAAGAUCUGUCCUCACUUCAGGUCCUGAAGCUAAGUUAUAACAAGCUGAGGGAGAUCUCAGCAGAGAACUUCUCAGGCCUGUCCUCACUACUGCGCCUCCACCUGGAUCACAACCAGCUGCAGUUCCUGCACCCCCAGGCCCUGCUCCGCCUCCCCAACCUCAGACUGAUCCGACUGCAGGGGAACCAGCUCCACCAGCUGCACCCGCAGGCCUUCUGCACUCUGUCCCUACUGCAGACAUUCUGCUACUCCACCCUCAGGCAUCUGGAUGUGUCCAACAACAGUCUAACUAUCCUGCCUAGGGACACACUGAGGACUGCCCCUCUUCUGGAGUCCCUGGCUCUGCAGGCCAACCCUUGGACCUGCGAUUGCAGCAUGGCUUGGAUGCAGGCCUGGAGCAUCUCUCACCCAGGGGUGUUGAAAUGUCCGGGGCCGCAUUGCCUGGUCUGUGCCUCACCCAAACACAUGAAGGGUCAUGGCCUUUUGCAGCAGAAAGACCUAUCCUGCACCUCGCCUGUCAUCUCCAUCAAUCCUAGAACCUCAUCUCAGGAGGAUGGCGAAGUUCAACCAAUAGAAACCUUUAGAGAGGCUUUAGGCAACGCCUCCCUGGGGAUGUCUGACCAACAGGGGAAUGCUGUUGAUCUGAAGUGUAACAUCACACACUCCUCACAGACUCCUGACAUUACCCCACCACACCUUUCCUCCUCCUCCAUCCCCAUCUCCCUCUCCCUGGACUGUGGGGUGGAUGGGCAUGGCUAUGAGAGGCUGUGGAGGCUGCUGGCCUACUACAGUGAGACUCCUGUCAGGCUUCAAAGAGAAAUAAUGUUGAGUAAAGCCCCAAGACUUGCCUACAGGUACAGACAGACAGCAGAGAAGGAGGGCUACUACCAUACAGGGGUCAAGGCCAGUAUUCAAGCCCAGCCUGCCUGGUUACUGCAGCCCCAUGUCAGUCUAGAGCUCAACAGAGCUCAGUCCAGCGCCCACAGGGUUAAACUGACCCUGUCCACCCUGGUGUCUGCUCCCCCAGACCCCCCAUCCCCACACUCCUGGGUCCUCAUCCAGACCAACCACACCCACACAGCUUUUACUGCAGCUGCAGAGAGACAGAUCCACCUGCCCUGCCCUGUCCUCAGCUCUAUUGGAGACCUAAGCUCUGGAGACCACAGGCUCCAAUGGGUUUUCCCAGAUGGUUCAACAGUCUCCUCUCCCUACCGCAGCUCAGAUGGUAGGGUCCGGGUGUCUGGCCAGGGGCUGGUCCUGCAGAGAGUGUAUCACUCUGAUGCUGGACUGUACUAUUGCGUGGCCCGGGCGGGGGGAGAUGUUGAUGUCCUCCCCCUCCGUCUGGCGGUGGUAGAAUCAUCCAAUCCUUUCCCAGGGGAGGAGCUAGGCCCGGCUGUGACUGGAUUGGUUGGAGACCCUGUCAGUCUGCCGUGUGAGGCCUCUGGUACACCGAAGGUUGAGGUGAACUGGGUUCUUCCUGGCGGGAGAGUGGUAGGGAGUAGGAACGAGGGGAGGAGAAAGGACGAGGCAGGGGUUACUGUCUUGGCCAACGGUACCCUGUCUCUCCCCAUCCCUGCGCUGGGAGAUGCAGGCCUGUACCGGUGUGUAGCGGUGAACCAGUACGGUGCUGACUCUCUCUCCACCAGACUGACGCUCACCCCGCGUCCUUCUGACACCUCAUCACGAAUUAGAUAUCCCAUGAGGCCACAAUCUGCGGCCGGAGUGUCCAACAGGGUACGAGCCCCUCUAGGCGGUGAGGAGAUUGAAGAGGGGGGGUCAGGAGAUGAUGAGGGGGAGAACAUACUGCACACUAGGGCAGGUUACAACAGGACAUGGCGUACCCCCAUCAGAUCCCACAUGGUGAGGGUGGAGGGAAGCAGACCACCCCAAAAGGGCAAGAAGCCCUUGAGGAGAGGCUUCCCUGUGGAGCAGAGGAGGAACAGGUUGGAGGGUCGGCGGAGCUUUAACCUGGCCAAGCACAAAAUAGACCCUCAGAAAUGGACCGACCUGCUGACUAAGAUACGUGAAAGGACUGCCCCUAAAAUCACAGACUCCCUGAAUGUACCACCCCCAACAAGAGCACAUUCUACCACCUCAGCCCCAACUGAAGCACAGACAACCACCUCAACCCCAAAUGAAGCACAGACAACCACCUCAGCCCCAACUGAAGCACAGACAACCACCUCAACCCCAAUUGAAGCACAGACAACCACCUCAACCCCAACUGAAGCACAGACAACUACCUCAGCCCCAACUGAAGCACAGACAACCACCUCAACCCCAACUGAAGCACAGACAACCACCUCAACCCCAAUUGAAGCACAAACAACCACCUCAAUCCCAACUAGAGCACAGUCAACCAGAAUACAGACAAAUAGCAGACAUACAGAAAGCAAUCACACAACCAGAACAAAUCCUGGCAGCACACAGCCAGACAGCAGACAUAAAACCAGAAGAAAGCCAGGCUACACACAGCCAAGUAGCACACAGCCAGACAUAAUACAGACAGAGAGAAUACAGACAACUAAAACACAGACAACCAGAAUACAUACAGACACGACAUUACCAAACAGCACACCAGAGGUAAGCGUGGGAAGAAACUCUGAUCAACAUCUUGUAUUGGACUCAGGGGCUGAUACCUCAAAGAGUUCUUCCAUAGAUGUCCUCAGUCUACAGGAAGAGUGGUUAAACCUCAUCCAUACAUCACUAAUCCCAGAUCUGCUAACAAAGGAUAGAGUGGCCCCAGAGACACCAAACACUUCAGAUCCGAGCAAUAACUUCCCCCAGAGCACAAAGCCAACCUCCAAUGUCAAUUGCACUAACAUAGAGGAAAGGAGACAGAGUGUUAUCCCUGUAAGGACUACAGGUGAGGGUGAGAGGACUGGAACAACAAACUCUGGAAAGGUAAUGUUCUCCAACUCUGUUCCGUCGCGACCCAGAAGCCCCUGGAAUGCCAGCAAUAGGCCUGGCCAGAGGAGACGCAUCAACAGACUCAGAGGACGACCCAUGCCCCCAGGUCCAACCUCCCCUCUCCAGAAUAAUUUAAGUCCCACUACCACCAGAGCAGCACUUACAAACCCCAGGAAACUGACAGCACCUGCUACAACCAUUACUAUAAGAACUACUACUACUACUACUACUACUACUCCAUCCUUAACUAGGAUCACUGCUCCAUCAAGCACAUCUGUCUCCCCCCCUGUCUUCCUUUCUGCCUCGCCCCCUUCGCCCCAGACAUACACAGACAGGGUGACUCACUUAACAAACACUGCUGCUCGGCUCCCAGACAGGUCCCAAGCGACUAUCACACACACACGCACACACACAGGCAAACAUACACCCACAGUCACUCACAGUCACACAGAAAAACAGAGUUAUGCUAUAACAGAGGGUCAGGUCGGGGCCACUCUAAAAGAACAGGAUCCAUCUGUCUUCAACCAACACAACCCAGAGGAUAUCAAAGCAACUACCACUCGGUCUGGAACCACACCAGGUGGAACAACACCUACUGGUACUGAGAAAGAACCCAGUGAGAUAGAACCACUCUACCCAGAAACCAAGGAAGAACUAAGUGAGAUAGGACCACCAGCAACUGAAAAAGAACCCAGUGAGAUAGAACCGUCAGCAACUGAUGAAGAAGAACCCAGUGAGAUAGAACCAUCAGCAACUGAUCAAGAACCCAGUGAGAUAGAACCAUCAUCAACUGAUGAAGAACCCAGUGAGAUAGAAGCACCAGCAACUGAUGAAGAACCCAGUGAGAUAGAACCACCAGCAACUGAUGAAGAACCCAGUGAGAUAGAAGCACCAGCAACUGAUGAAGAACCCAGUGAGAUAGAACCACCAGCAACUGAUGAAGAACCCAGUGAGAUAGAAGCACCAGCAACUGAUGAAGAACCCAGUGAGAUAGAACCACCAGCAACUGAUGAAGAACCCAGUGAGAUAGAAGCACCAGCAACUGAUGAAGAACCCAGUGAGAUAGAACCACCAGCAACUGAUGAAGAACCCAGUGAGAUAGAACCACUUUACCCAAUCACUGAAGAAGAACCCAAUAAGAUAAAACCAGUCGAUCUAGCACCUGAUGAACCAGAGGAGAGACAGCCAGAGUCAGAAAUAGACAGCUCUUUUUCAUCUACAAAACAGCUACUGCCCCCAACUACAGCUAAUAUAGCAGCUAUCACUGCUUCAGCCAUCACCUCCUCUACAGUCAUCACCUUUAUUAGAAGAACUACCACUAUAACUAUUCCUACAUCUACUACUACUAUUCCUACAACUACUGCUACUAUUCCUACAACUACUGCUACUAUUCCUACAACUACUACCACUAUUACUACUACUAUACCUACAACUACUACAACUAUUCCUACAACUACUACCACUAUUCCUACUACAACUACUACUACUAUUCCCACUACUACUACCACUCUUACUAGUACAAUAGUGUGGAGGAACCCAGGAGUAAACUCCAUCCCAGACUCACAUGGUAGUCGCUACCGCCCCCCAUCUUACCCCACCUACUCACAACACUCCAGCAGGCGGCACCCCUAUGUCAUCACUAGGCCUGACCCAGUAAGAACUCCACUUCAAACACCACCCCCUAUAAAACACACACCCUCUCUACUACACCCUAUCAAGCCCAAACUUCUUCUCCCAGAUAUUUUAGGGAUCCCUUCCUCUGUAGUCCCCACCACCAGAGCUCCCUUCAGCUCCCCAAAGACCGCCCCACCCACCACAGACAGUCAGGCUGGACUCAACCCUGAGUCCACCCUUCCUCAUUCCCCUCCCGCGUCUCCAGCCCAUAGUGUGAUUGCCCAACGCCCACCUCAGACCUCCGUCUUGCGUGUCCGGCCCCGUAUCGCUCCCCCUCACAUGCGCCCAAUGUCUGUCCCAGCUGAGAUUGAUGCCCUCCUGCCCUGUGAGGCCAUUGGACAGCCUCCUCCAACAAUCACCUGGACCAAGGUCUCCACAGGAGCUGUGAUGUCACUGGACUACAAGGCAGAGCGUUUCCAGGUCCUACCCAACGGAACCUUUCUCAUCCGGAGCGUGCAGGUCCAGGACCGGGGGACAUAUAUCUGCAGGGCACAGAACUCUGUGGGCCUGGACCGUGCCAUGGUGACCCUGGAAGUCUGGUCCCACCCACCCCGGAUUCAGCUACCCAACCACAGAGAUGCAACGGUGCACCAGGGGGGUGAGGUGAGGUUAGAGUGUCGGGUUCAGGGGGUGCCGGUUCCUCUGCUGUCCUGGGUGCUACCUGACCUCUCCGUCCUAACCCCUGACCCUAACCCCAACCCUGCCCUUGGAACUCAUCCCCGGGUGUCUAUAUUCCCUAAUGGUACUCUGCGUAUCUUGGUGGCCGGCCCAGCAGACAGAGGACUGUAUCGCUGUGUAGCCUCCAACCUAGCAGGGGCUGGCAGUCUGUCAGUCCGACUCCAUGUGUCCUCUCUUCCUCCAGCCAUCCAGGAGCCCAGAGAGGAGAAGGUAACCCGGCCCGCUGGUUUGCCUCUCUACGCCCAAUGCUCUGCCCGGGGAGCUCCCCCUCCCUUCAUCCGCUGGAGGACACCUGACGGCACCUUUCUGCUCCCCUCUCAAUUCCUCAACGGGAACCUGUUUGUCCUCCCCAAUGCCACCUUGUUGAUACGCAAGCUAGCCACUAAGGACUCUGGGAGCUACGAGUGCCUGGCGACUAAUGCGGUGGGCGGGGAUAAGAGGACGGUGAGGGUGGAGGUGACUGGAGAUGGAGAAGUUGUCUCCAUGGAUAAAAUGACCUUCUCUUCCAUCAACAGUAAAUUUGAUAUUCCCCCCUCCUCCCCCGUCCUUAACCCUCCCCUCCAACCCUCCUCCCCCCUCAGUAAGGCUAGGAUCCUCUUCACCUCUCCAUCCAGUUCUAUAGUCAUAUAUGGUGAAUCUCUGCUCCUUUACUGUUCAGCAACCGGCAACCCAGAGCCUAGAGUGGUCUGGAGGGUACCUGGCAAGAAACUAGUGGAUGCCCGUUACAGUUUUGACAAGAGGAUAAAGGUGCACAGUAAUGGAACGCUGUAUAUCCAGUCCGUGACGGAGAAAGACGGGGGGGACUAUUUAUGUGUCGCGCGAAAUAAGUUGGCUGACGACUUCCGCCUCCUCCAGGUCACCGUGGCAACAAAGCCUGCUAAAAUUGUGCCAAAGCAGCCAUCAAAUCAGAAGGUGGUAUCGUACGGAGCAGCUCUAAAGGUAGACUGUCUGGCGACCGGCCAGCCCGACCCCGUGGUAAGAUGGAGCCUCCCGGAUGGAACCUCAGUGAAAAGUGUCCUGUUGCAGGUGGAAGAGAGUGGGAGGCGCAGCCGGCGACUGGUGGUUUUUGACAAUGGAACACUGUUCCUCCCCUCGGUGGGGAUGGAGGAGGAGGGGGAGUAUGUUUGCCACGCUGAGAACCAUGGGGGGAGGGACACUAUGAGUGUGAUGGUCAAAGUCCUCGCCUCACCUCCCUCCUUCCCCAGUACCAAAUAUGAGGUCAUCAAGGUGCAACAAGGGGGCGCAGUGGCUCUGAACUGUGGGGCUAAAGGAGAGCCUGUCCCUACGAUCACAUGGCUCUCUCCAAUGAAUCGUGUCCUCCCAGUGGAAGCAUCAGGUCCGGUUGUGGUGCAGCAAGACGGGUCCUUGGUGAUCCAGGGGGCUAGAGGGGCUGACGGAGGAAACUACACCUGCCGAGCCAGCAAUGCUGCUGGGGAGAGGAGCAAGGUGAUGGGGGUGGAGGUGAUGGUGACACCACCCAGCUUCACUCUCAAUGGGGCUGGGGGUGGGAUAAAUGGGGCAGACAGACAGAUAGCUGUUGUUAGUGGUAGUGGACUGAGUGCUGUGAUCUCCAUCAGUCAGUCUGCAGGGAGGGAUCAUAGGGUCAGUGCAGGUAAUUGUGUCAGUAAUAAUGGAGACUGUAAAGUAGGGGACCAAAGGGUCUCAGCAGUUAGAGGCCAGACAGUUCUUCUGCCAUGUCCAUCCCAGGGCUUCCCUCUCCCCAGCCUGGCCUGGUUGUUGCCCGGUAUCGGGGUUCUCCCUGUGCCCUACUAUGGCAGCAGACUCACCGUGCACCGCAAUGGAACCCUGGAGCUGAGGGGGGUGAAGGCAAGUGACUCCGGCAUGCUGGUGUGUGUCAAUCGUGGCGAGAGGGGUGAGGCUCGGAUAAUGGUACACCUGGAGGUCUCAGACACAAUGGACACACCUCACUCCAGAGGCCCAGUGACCACAGAGAAACGUUUCUCAGUAAACCCAGUUAGCAAAGAGCAACCUCGCCCAGUAGGCCCAGAACAACCUCAUCCAGUAGUCCCAGUCAGCAGAGAGAAACUUCGCUCAGGAGGCCCAGACGGAGAGGACACACCUCGCCCCAGAGGCCCAGUGACCACAGAGAAAUCUCGCCAGGAGACACCUCGCCCUACAAGCCCAGUCACCAAUGAGAAACCUCACUUAGGAGGCCCAGUCAGCACAGAGAACCCUCUGCUAGGAGUCCCAGUCCAAGGGGGCACACCUCACCCAAGAGGCUCAGUGCCAGAGGCAGGGAGGAGUGUUGUCCUGGAAAGGAAGCCUGUGGUCACCAGCAUAUCAGGCUCUCUGGUCAGCAUCAUCAACGGAGACAAUCUACAGCUACCCUGCCCCCAGACAGACAGCCCCAGUCAGGGUUCCAGCCAGACAGAGUCUCUGACCUGGAAGUUGCCAAGCGGGGUGGUCGUGUCUCGGGGCCAGGCGGCAGGGACGGGUCGGUACUCAGUCCUGGAUGACGGGACUCUGACGGUGCAGCAGGUAUCUGUGUUUGACAGGGGGACCUACUCCUGCCGAUCCACCAAUCAGGACACAUCAUCUAUCCUGACAGUUCCAGUGAUUGUCAUUGCCUACCCCCCUCGCAUCACCAACGGACCCCCUCCCCUCACCUACACCCGUCCUGGUGUUGCCGUUCAGCUAACCUGCUACGUCAUAGCAACCCCCAGAGCGACCAUCACCUGGGAGAUGCCGGACCAAUCCCAGCUCAGGGUCACAGGUCAGGCCCGUCUCUAUGGCAACCGGUACCUGAGUCCUCAGGGUUCCCUGGUGAUCCAGAACCCGACUAGCAGAGACACAGGUUUCUACCGUUGUUCUGCACGGAACGUCAUCGGAACUGACACCAAGGCCUCUUAUCUACAUGUGAUCUAACAGAACACACACAUCAUUUUUGCCCAAAGAAACUGCAAAGUUGAGUGUAGAAGAUACUGUUCAACUAAAGACUGAGGUGUUGAUUAAAGAUUGUUAAUAGAGAUAAAAACAAACAAAUGCAUCUUACAGCCAGAGUGUGUUAAAGAUGUACAUGAAAUCAGCAGCUGAGAAGCACCAGCAUCAUCAAUAAAUAAAGUGUCAACACAAACUAUACCAGGCUUUAAGAGCAUCAGCUCUCAAAACACGUCAUGCAAUACAACACAUUCAGCUCUGUAUCACGACCUGUAUGUUUAUGUCAACCUGCCCUAUUUAAAACACGUCAUGCAAUACAACACAUUCAGCUCUGUAUCACGACCUGUAUGUUUUUGUCAACCUGCCCUAUUUAAAACACGUCAUGCAAUACAACACAUUCAGCUCUGUAUCACGACCUGUAUGUUGAUGUCAACCUGCCCUAUUUAUCUUGUUGUAUAGUUGUGUACUGUUGAGCAGAGCAAAUGUUUGAUAGUGGUCACAGAACUGCUCCAGUGAUAGUUCUGUGGAGCCUCAGGGGUCUGCAGCUCUCUGUGUUUGCAGCUCUCUGUGUCUGCAGCUCUCUGUGUCUGCAGCUCUCUGUAUCUGCAGCUCUGUGUCUGCAGCUCUCUGUGUCUGCAGCUCUCUGU